AUGGCGGUGGUGGUGAUGGGCUUGUCCUUCUCUGGGUCGGACAUGUUCCUGUUUGCUGGGGCUGCAGCCUGCGACUCAGAUACGUCCAGGGCCAUGACUCCUCGGCAGAACCGGGCGGCGCCUACGCAGCCUUUGCAGAAGAAUUGCCUAAUUGGGGACCCCCUUGGGGGUGAGGGACUCCCCCCUGGAAUUCUUUGCCUGCCUGCCUGCCUGCUGGUUUGGGGGUGCAAAGCCAGGGGCUGCCACACUCCGGCUUCUUCCUGCUUCCUGUCUCAGGACCCCGUGACUGGGCUGCUUCCAGCCAGCGCUGACCACAAGGAUGCCUGGGUGCGAGAUAACGUCUACAGCGUCCUGGCGGUGUGGGGCCUGGGCUUGGCCUACCGGAAGACCGCUGACCGAGAUGAGGACAAGGCAAAAGCCUAUGAACUGGAGCAGAGUGUGGUCAAGCUGAUGCGAGGCCUCCUGCAGUGCAUGAUCAGGCAGGUGGAGAAAGUGGAGGCCUUCAAGUACAGCCAGAGCACCAUGGAUUGCCUCCAUGCCAAAUACAACACGAGGACGUGCGCCACGGUGGUCGGAGAUGACCAGUGGGGCCACCUGCAGCUGGACGCCACCUCCCUCUACUUGCUCAUGCUGGCUCAGAUCACGGCCUCAGGGCUCUACAUCAUCCAAAGCCUGGACGAAGUCAACUUCAUCCAGAACCUGGUCUUCUACAUCGAGGCCGCUUACAAGACAGCGGAUUUUGGGAUAUGGGAACGUGGCGACAAGACAAACCAAGGGAUCACGGAGCUGAAUGCCAGCUCUGUGGGCAUGGCCAAGGCAGCCCUUGAGGCUCUGGAUGAACUGAAUCUCUUUGGGGCCAAGGGCGGGCCCCAGGCUGUCAUCCACGUGCUCUCAGAUGAGGUGCAGCACUGCCAGUCCAUCCUCCAUUCCAUGCUGCCGAGGGCUUCGACCUCCAAGGAGAUUGAUGCCAGCCUCCUCUCGGUCAUCUCCUACCCAGCAUUUGCUGUGGAAGACAGUGAGAUUGUGGAGAGAACCAAGCAGGAGAUCAUCACCAAGCUGCAGGGCCGAUACGGUUGCUGCAGGUUUCUCCGCGAUGGCUACCGAACCCCCAAGGAGGACCCCAAGCGCCUCUACUACGAGCCGGCGGAGCUGAAGCUUUUUGAGAACAUUGAGUGCGAGUGGCCCCUCUUCUGGACCUACUUCAUCCUUGAUGGCAUCUUCAACGGCAACAGGGAGCAGGUUCAGGAGUACCGAGAAGCCCUGGAAGGGGUGCUCAUCAAGGGGAAGAAUGGGGUUCGGCUUGUCCCAGAGCUCUACAGUGUCCCUCCGGAGAAGGUUGAGGAAGAGUACGGCAACCCUCACACCGUGGACCGCGUGCCGCAGGGCAAGCUGCCCCUGAUGUGGGGCCAGUCCCUCUACAUCCUGGGCUGCCUCUUGGCAGAGGGGUUUCUGGCUCCUGGGGAGAUUGACCCUCUCAACCGCAGGUUCUCCACCAUCCCCAAGCCUGACGUGGUGGUUCAGGUCUGCAUCCUGGCAGAGACUGACGCCAUCAAGGCCAUCUUGCGGAAGGAGGGCAUUGAGGUGGAAACGGUGGCCGACGUCUACCCCAUACGAGUGCAGCCGGCAAGAAUCCUCAGCCACAUCUAUGCCCGAUUAGGGCGUAACAAGCGCAUGAACCUGAGCGGGCGGCCCUUCCGGCAGAUGGGCGUCCUCGGGACCUCCAAGUUCUACGACAUCCGGGACAAUAUUUUUAUCUUCACACCCCAGUUCAUCGACCAACAGCAGUUCUACCUGGCUCUUGACAACAAGAUGAUCGUGGAGAUGCUGCGGACGGACCUCUCGUACCUGUGCAGCCGCUGGAGGAUGACGGGGCGCCCCACCAUCACCUUCCCCAUCUCGCACAUGAUGCUCGGUGAAACCGGCACGGGCAUCCACUCAACGAUCUUGGCCACGCUGCGGAAGCUGCAGGACGGUUAUUUUGGAGGGGCCAGGAUCCAGACUGGUAGGUUGUCCGAGUUCCUCACGACUUCCUGUCGCACCCACCUCAGCUUCAUGGAUGCCGGGCUGGAGGGUAAGCUCUAUGCUGAUGACUAUGGCCUCAGCCUUGAAAGCUUCCAGGAUUUAGACGCUGAGGACUGGCUGCAUGGCUUUCAAUUGGCAGAAGAUGCUGACAUUUGUGAUGAAUUAGCCCAGUACCUGGAUCACCUUCUGCAGCGCACCACCCCCAAGGCCAACCUGCCGCCUGUGGCUCAGAAGGGGGGGCUCCAUCGCUUCCGAGCCGCCGUGCACACGACCCAGGACCUCAUGUCUCUGGUGUCCAAAGCCAAGGAUCUGCACAUUGAGAAUGUCAACAUGUACAUCCCAUCGAAGCUCUUGCAGGAGUCCCAAGCGUCGGUGAACUUGCUGGGCUCCUCAGAGCGAAGGGGAGCUAAGCCCCCCAGCCCUGAAGAGCUGAAUCUGCCCAAGGAUGAGGCGGGCAACGUGGACUGCCGGGCGUUAGUGAACCAGCUCCGUGAAUGCCAGACCCUGCAGGAUCAGGCCAACUACCUCUACGUGCUGUACUCUCUCAAAGGGGCAGACUGGGACACGGAGAUCUAUGGAGAGCCUGGUGUCACCGUCCAGGAUCUCCUGCUGGAGCUGUACGGCAAAGUCGGGGUGACACGCCAGUGGGCCUUGAUCCGCUACGUCUCUGGGAUCCUGAAGAAGAAGAUGGAAGCUCUAGAUGAGGCCUGCACAGACCUGCUGUCCCACCAGAAGCACCUAACUGUGGGGCUGCCCCCAGAGCCCCGUGAGAAAACCAUCUCUGCGCCGCUGCCCUACGAAGAGCUCACCCACCUGAUCGACGAAGCCAGUGAGAAGAACUUGAGUGUCUCCAUCUUGACUCAGGAGAUCCUGGUUUACCUGGCCAUGUACAUUCGGACCCAGCCGGCCCUCUUUGCAGAGAUGUUCCGGCUGCGUAUUGGGCUCAUCAUCCAGGUGAUGGCGACGGAACUGGCCCACUCCCUCUGCUGCUCAGCGGAGGAGGCAACGGAGGCGUUGAUGAAUCUGAGCCCUUCUGAUCUGAAAAGCCUCCUGCACCACAUCCUCAGCGGCAAAGAAUUUGGCGUGGAGAGGAGCAUGCGUGCCACAGAUUCAGCGCUCACCCCGGCCGUCUCCAUCCGCGAAGUUGGUCCCGCUGGAGCCACCAAAACUGAGCGGGCCGGCAUUGUCCAGCUCAAGAGCGAGAUCAGACAGCAAAUGGAUAGACGCAGGCAGUCUAUGCCUGACAUUCAGUCUGGGGCCCUGAACUCCUUGGAGGCCGGCGUAGAACCUUCCCAGCUGCACAAGCACUUCCUGGCUCCUCCAAGCAGGGGGCCCCUGCCUGGGAUGCUGGAGGACCAGUCCAGGGAUGCCCGGCAAGGCCAGUGGCAACGUCGGCGGCGGCUGGAUGGGUCCCUCAACAGGGUGCCGGUGGGAUUCUACCAGAAGAUUUGGAAGAUCUUGCAGAAGUGCCACGGACUCUCGGUCGAAGGCUUUGUUCUCCCUUCCUCCACCAUCCAUGAGAUGACUCCAGGAGAGAUCAAGUUUGCUGUCCAUGUGGAGUCUGUCCUAAACCGAGUCCCUCAGCCGGAGUACCGGCAGCUCUUUGUAGAGGCCAUCCUGGUCCUGACCCUCCUGACUGACGUGGACGUGCCCACGAUUGGUGGCCUCAUUGCCAUGGACAAGAUCGUGCACAUCGCAAAUGACCUGUUCUAUGAGGAGCAUAAAAUCCUGGGUGCCGAUGAGAACAUGCUGGAGAAGGAUCCAGCCACGGGCAUUUGCACCUUACUCUACGACAGCGCUCCCAGCGGCAGGUACGGCACCAUGACCUACCUCUCCAAAGCCGUGGUCACCUACGUGCAGGAGUUCCUGCCCAGCAGUGGCUGCACCAUGCAGUAG